UUCGGUUCUCCGUUCAUGGCGACUGCACUUGGUAUCGUGUUUUCAGCGGUGGUGGUCCUCUAUCCGCUAAUCGGUCAUUUCAUUCCGGCGGUGCUGCUCUGCGCCUCCGGCCUCUUUACUAAUCUGGUGCAGGCGAUUUGCUUUGUUUGUAUUCCACCGAUCUCGGAGAAUGCAUACACAAGGAUAAACGGCGUCGUUAAAGAGAUGGAUUGGCGGAUUCUGAUAGGCCUCAUUGAUUUCUGGACUGGCGUUAAGAUCCAAGAGAGUCUAGUGCAUGAAGUCAAUCUUUUGAAUGGUGAAGAACAUCAAAUCUUCUUCUCCAAUGCUAGAGAUGAUGAAGAUCAUCUUCUGAAACUAGUUCUCGAUCAGUGGUCAGGUUGCCUUGGCAGUUUAUUAGCUGUAAUAAAGACAUUAUCAAACUACAUUGCGUCAGAUCUAAAGGACUUCCCUCAGUCCUUUUGGUUAUCAGUUGUCCUAGAAAGAACUGGCUUUACUCAGGGAGAUCUUCUAGCUGCACAAAGUCGUCCUGUCCCAGGCAAAGUUUUGAUUUCUGAAACUAAGGAUUUGGUCUAUGCAGUAAAAUGUGCAUGCUCUGCUGUUCCAGCCAUUUAUUUGAUUACAUUGGCUAAUCCUAAAGCUUCACCUGCACUCACACUUGAAAGUGCAAUUAAAGCACCUUCUUUGGUGCAUGUGUACAUUAGGCGGCAUGCGACUAAAAAUUGGCUUGAAACUGAUGAUGCUGAUGAGGAGUGGUGCACACAAAUACUUGCAGCCAAGUAUGCAUUAUUGAACGAGCAUAUGGUAGAGAUUUCUUUUGGCAAUAAAGGAUUGCAAGCUAUUGGUCGGCCACUCAAGUGUUUCUUGGUUGGUAUAUCUCUGAUUGUGUUGUGGGCUUUAAACUUCAACUUUGUCUGUGGAAAUUCACUGGUUGUGUUGAGUGCUGCCCUAUUCACUGGCCGGCUGCUUGCUCUGUUUGGCUGCGGAGUGCUUUCAUUGUUGAAGUGUUUCCUGGAAGCCGCUAUAGCAAAUAUUACUUACUCGGACCACAUUGCGCCCAUAUUUGAGCCCAUAUUGGAAUGUUUGCUUGAUUGUGCUGUAGACUUCAUAACGACAUUCCCUUUGGAAAAAUAUUUGUGGUGAAGACAAUUCAAAAGUCUUUCUUAGACUUGUGUACAUAAUGAUAGUCUGAAAACGUAGUAUAACAUGAACUAUUAUGGUCGUAGCUUUAUAUGAAGUAAUCUGGGAUUAGUUUCUUGACUCUUUAUAACUUUGGAUGUAAAUAAGGUUAUAUAA